AUGGGCGUCAACAAUGGGAGAACCACCAAGCUCGCCUUGGUGCCGCUCCCUAAAGGCUCCGUUUUGCUUCCUGGAGUCACUCUCCGCAUUCCAGUGAACAACCGGCCCGACCUCUCCAACCUUCUGUCGUCCCUUCUCGAUCGAACCUCCGCCGCUAGACGGGAUGGAACUUCCAUCACCUUCGGGUGUGUCCCACUCAGCUCGCCAUUCCUCAGUACCGAUGGUCAACGUUUGAUCGACAACGGCAGUCUAGAUGAUGAGAAGAAGGAGGAAUAUGAGGUUCUCGAUGCAGGCCAGGCCAGAAAGGAGGAUCUUUUCCGUUAUGGCACCGUGGGCAAGGUGAUUGGCAUCCAACGUCGAUCCUACUCCGAGGCGUCCCUUGUCGUCCAGGGUGUCCAGCGCUUCACCAUCAAGCGUGUCCUGAAAGAAAGACCCUUUUUCGAGGCCGAAGCUAUCCUCCAUGACGAUAAAGAUCUCGCCACAGUUGAUUCGGAAACCGUUGAGCUGUUUCAACAACUGAGACGCCUUUCCAAGGAGCUCCUCACUCUUUUACGGCUAUCUUCGUUACUCCCCUCUCCCUCUAAUCGACUAUCACCUCUUCUGGCCCGGAAAUUCGAAUUGUUCAUCUCAAAGACUGACCUCGCGCAAGCUGGAAGACUGGCUGAUUUCAUGGCGGAUGUGACCGAUGCAAGCUUCGAGGAGAAGCUGCGGGUUCUUGCAUCACUUGACUCGAAGACGAGGCUCGAGAAAGUGGUCGAAUUGCUCAGCCGACAAGUCCAAAACAUCAAGAAUAGCGUGAAGGUCACCACGAUUUCCACGAAUAGCUUCAACCCCUCCGGGUUCGAUAUCAGCCAGAUCGAUCCACGUGACCGUGAGCUUCUGGCCCGACGGGCCAUGGCUGGUCUUUCGGGCUUAACACCCCCGGGGGCCGCUGGAAGGAGCAACGACGGAGAUGAGAAGGAAGUCAAUGAAGUCGACGAGCUGCAGCAGAAGUUACAGGAGGCGCAACUCAGCCCUGAAGCACGGAAGGUAGCUGACAAGGAGUUGCGUCGCCUUCGCAAGAUGAACCCUGCGAAUGCAGAGUAUGGUGUCUGCCGUACCUACCUGGAGAACCUGGCCGAUAUCCCAUGGACCAAAGUCACUGAAGAUCAACUUGGGCCAGAGACUUUGAAGAGAGCCAGGAAACAAUUGGAUGACGAUCACUACGGUCUGGAGAAAAUCAAGAAGAGACUUCUGGAAUAUUUGGCGGUUUUAAGGCUCAAGCAAUCCACUAACCAGGACGUUGAGCGCCAAAUCGCUAGCUUGUCGAAAGACCUAGAAGAGGCAGAUUCGGGUGAUCUCGAAAAGGAAGUCCCUCACUUGUCUGAGGCAGACCGUGUCGCAGUCGAGACAAAGCUUCAUCGUCUCAAAUCUAGGAAGAUGACUGACAAAUCUCCCAUUCUGCUCCUUGUUGGGCCACCUGGAACAGGUAAGACGAGUUUGGCAAGGUCGGUUGCUGCCUCUCUUGGGCGCAAGUUCCACCGCAUCUCUCUUGGCGGUGUUAGAGAUGAGGCGGAAAUCAGAGGCCACCGGAGGACCUAUGUGGCCGCCAUGCCAGGACUGGUCGUCAACGGUCUCAAGAAGGUUGGCGUUGCCAAUCCAGUCUUCUUGUUGGACGAAAUCGACAAGGUCGGUGGUGCCAACUUCCAGGGCGACCCAUCUGCAGCAAUGCUGGAAGUCUUGGACCCAGAACAGAACCAUACGUUUUCCGACCACUAUAUCAACAUUCCUAUCGAUUUGAGCAAGGUGCUCUUCAUUGCGACAGCCAAUUCGCUUGACACGAUCCCCGCCCCCUUGCUCGACCGCAUGGAGACCAUCACCUUGUCGGGUUAUACAACCGUGGAGAAGCGGCACAUCGCUAAGAGACACUUGAUCCCGAAGCAAAUUAGGUCCAAUGGACUGUCCGAUGGCCAAGUCAUUCUCUCAGAUGAAGUUAUCGACAAGACCAUCACCGCUUAUACUCGUGAAUCUGGUGUCCGUAACCUCGAACGCGAAAUUGGCUCGAUCUGUCGCUACAAGGCUGUCCAAUAUGCUGAUGCAGCUGAUACCGGCCGACUGGAAGCUUACAAUCCCGUGGUUACCCUUGAUGAUCUGGAGGAGAUCCUCGGGAUCGAACGGUUUGAUGAAGAAAUCGCCGAGAAGCAUGGGCGUCCAGGUGUUGUUACUGGCCUCGUUGCUUAUUCAACUGGAGGCCAAGGCAGCAUUCUGUUCAUCGAGGUUGCGGACAUGCCUGGAAACGGCCGCGUCCAGCUUACCGGAAAGCUUGGCGAUGUUUUGAAGGAGAGUGUGGAAGUAGCGCUAACAUGGGUUAAAGCUCAUUCGUACGAGUUAGGAUUGACUCCUGACCCGAACGAGGAUAUCAUGAAGAACCGCAGUCUGCACGUCCACUGUCCAUCCGGCGCCAUCCCCAAGGAUGGUCCGUCGGCUGGUCUCGCUCAUACGAUUGGACUGAUUUCCUUGUUUACUGGCAAAGCUGUGCCACCUAAGUUGGCGAUGACUGGCGAAGUGUCUCUUCGGGGACGAGUAAUGCCUGUCGGUGGCAUUAAGGAGAAGCUCAUCGGUGCUCACCGUGCUGGAGUCAAGACAGUUUUGAUCCCUUACCAGAACCGCAAGGACGUGAAGGAUGUGCCAAAGGAGGUCAGCGACGAACUUGAUAUCAUCUACGUCCAACAUAUCUGGGAAGGUAUUCGCCAUGUGUGGCCCGACGCGCAUUGGCCUGGCCAGCACCACAUGAACUUUGUCGAGAGCCGUCUGUAG